AUGCUUGCUUGCCCUCUGCCGACUCUUCUUAGUAGCGGGCCUUCCUCUUCACGUGUCCGCGUUUCCGAUGGUUCAAAGUACUGCUGGCAUGUGGCGCCAGGUCUCUGUGCUACUUUGACUCUCGACGUCUUACGCGCCAUGCUCCACCAUAUCCUUCACCAAGUUUUCGUCGACUUCAUGGCCGAUCGCGAAGAGCAGAUGGCGUCGUCUCUCGGUUAUCCUGAGCGACUUGCAGCCAUAUCUCGCUUCUCAUUCGUCCAUAUGCUCUCGUUCAUUUCGGCGACGUAG